GGUCUGUGAUAAUGCAUAAUACUGUUGGUAAUAUUAUAUUUCUCUAUGUAGUUUGUUAGGGAAAAUUGUUUUAUCCGGUAAAUGUAUUAAUUAUUUUGUGAUUUAUGUGUUAGUAUCUGAACUGUUUAACUUAUUAAUACAUAAUCUAAUGAAAUGAGUAAGUCUAAAGUGACUGCAGAGUGGAAGAAGCGAGUAAAAUCGGAGUAUGUAAGACUUCGGCAAUUGAAGCGUUUUAAACGAGCCGAUGAAGUGAAGGUAGCAUGGGCGAGGAAUCUGAGAAUAAUGUCCGAGGCAAUUGAAAAUCGUGAAUCGGAGAAUGCUAAGUCUGGAAAGAGACCUUUUUGGCCUCCAGCCGGGCCAACCCCGAGUCACGAGAGUCUUAUGAAGCGAGCUGAAGCUACUUGUACUGAUGCAUCUGGUGUAGUGACAACUCAACAAGUUCCUAUAAGAAUAAUUAAUUCUGUAAAUCCUAUCCCUACCAUGUAUACUUGGGCACCAACUCAGAAGAACUUCAUGGUGGAGGACGAGACUGUUUUACACAACAUUCCAUACAUGGGCGACGAAGUACUGGACCAGGACGGUACAUUCAUCGAGGAGCUCAUAAAGAACUACGACGGGAAAGUGCAUGGAGAUAAAGAAGGUGGUUUCAUUGAUGAUCAACUGUUUGUGGAUUUGGUACAUGCUCUAAUGACUUACCAGACUAAAGAUGAGGUGGCAGAGGAAAGGAAAGACCGAGAAGCACGCUCUUCUAAAGAAGAGAAAGAAAAAGAAGCAGUCAAAGAUGUUAAAGAUAAGGAUGCAAAAGAGGAGAGCGAAAAGAAAUCAGUUGCAGAUAAACAGUUUCCAAUAUUUACAAUAUUUCAGGCUAUCAGCUCUCAGUUCCCAGACAAAGGGACUGCACAAGAGUUGAGAGAAAAAUACAUCGAGCUGACGUCAGUGCGUGACCCGGACGCGUUACCGCCCGAGUGUACGCCGAACAUCGACGGACCGUUGGCAGAGUCCGUGUCUCGCGAUCAGACGAUGCAUUCCUUCCAUACGCUCUUCUGUCGACGCUGCUUCAAGUACGAUUGCUUUCUGCACAGGCUGCAGGCGUGCCACCCGGGGCCGAACCUGGCCAAGCGCAAGGGGCCCGACCUCAAGCCCUUCUCGGAACCGUGCGGGCCCAACUGCUACAUGCUACUGGAGGGGAUCCGCGAGAAGUUGGCCCGCGAGCAGGCGGCGGGCGAGGAGGACGCCGGCAAGCCGCCCGCCAUAGACUCGCCCAACGACGCCUCCUCCGAGGACAGCAACGACUCCAACAGGUUCCAGAAAGGCAGUAACAGUAACUCCAGUAACAGUAGCGGGGGCGUCCGGCCCACGCCUGCAGAGCCGCCGUACAACGCGCUCGGCUUGACGGUGGGCGACAUAGAGGCGGAGUGGACGGGCUCGGACCAGUCGCUGUUCCGCGCGCUGCACAAGGUGUUCCCCUCCAACUACUGCGCCAUCGCACAGCUCAUGCUCUCCAAGACCUGCCAACAGGUGUACACGUACUGGAUCAACACCGGGCAGGAGGAGUGCCGCGUGGAGGCGGAGCUGACGCCGCCGCGCAAGAAGAAGAAGAAGCACCGCCUCUGGUCCGUGCACUGCCGCAAGAUACAGCUCAAGAAGGACUCCGCCGCACAUCACGUAUACAACUACACGCCGUGCGACCAUCCGAACCAGCCGUGCGACAACAUGUGUCCCUGCCUGCAGUCGCAGAACUUCUGCGAGAAGUUCUGUCAGUGCAGCAGCGAUUGCCAGAACCGCUUCCCGGGCUGCCGCUGCAAGGCGUCGUGCAACACCAAGCAGUGCCCGUGCUACCUGGGCGUGCGCGAGUGCGACCCCGACCUGUGCACCGCAUGCGGGGCCACGCACCCGCACUCCUGCCGCAACGUCUGCGUGCAGAGGGGCCUGCACAAGCACCUGCUGCUGGCGCCCAGCGACGUGGCGGGGUGGGGCAUAUUCCUGAAGGACGCCGCGCACAAGAACGAGUUCAUAUCCGAGUACUGCGGCGAGAUCAUAUCGCAGGACGAGGCGGACAGACGAGGGAAGGUGUACGACAAGUACAUGUGCUCCUUCCUGUUUAAUCUCAACAACGAUUUCGUGGUUGACGCGACACGCAAAGGCAACAAGAUAAGGUUCGCGAAUCACUCCAUCAACCCGAACUGUUACGCGAAGGUGAUGAUGGUGAACGGUGAUCAUCGCAUCGGCAUAUUCGCCAAACGCGCCAUACAACCCGGCGAGGAACUGUUCUUUGACUAUAGAUAUGGUCCAACAGAGCAGUUGAAAUUUGUUGGUAUAGAAAGGGAAAUGGAGUUUUUAUGAGAACAAACCAAACAGUGAUCCGAGUGCUAAGUAUGUAAUGAUGACCGCGUUUACAGACACAGCCCAUCUGUAUCUAAAGCAUUUGAGAAUCCUUAUCUAGUAUGUUUCCUUACUAUCUAGCAUAAUCGUCAACCUAUUAAUUUUUCCACUGCUAGCUAGCUGCCUUCACUUUCCUAUCGAAUUGAAUCGAAUAGGGGCUUUAUGACUUAGAUGUAUCAGAAUGCCUAAUAUUAAAAAUGAAGUACUCUAUAAAAUAGAAAUAAUUGUAAGCAAACAAGAAUAUGAACACAAAACAAUUUGUAUUUAUGAACUUCAAAUAAAUUUUUACCUUUGCCAUUAAUACAUUAGUUCUUUAGACAGUUCUGUGUCAAUUUGCUUUUAAAGUGAAACAUUAUUCGCAAAUGUCGAUAUCUACGUAAACGCGAGUUACAACAUACUUUGGCACUCAGAUGCACAAUAAUGUGACAACAUAUAUUAUCUUAGAAUUAAGCGGAUGAAUUUACAUGUCACUCAUUGUAUUGUUACUUAAAGAGUACAUGUUUGCAGGUGUUAAGUUUCAAAAUGCUUUUGUGUUGGAAUUAUAAUUUCAGACAUUCAGUGUCAAAAUACAUGCCACACAUUCUUCCUAAUGUUAUUACAAUUUUCUGGUCAUUGUUUUCUUAUUUUGACAAAUUACCAAUAAACAGAAUUUGUUGUUCCUUGUUAUUGUUGACAAUGAAUUUUUCUUUUGCUUAUGUGUUUUAGGUUCAUUCCAAUGAAAACAUAAAUAAUAAGAUUCAUGCUUAUUUUUCAUUGUAACAGUACGUUAGAAAUACUUAUCACUGUGUAUAAUUGCAAAUAACUCAGUAGCUACGUGUGUCGUCAUACACGCUGGGUACAAAUGUCAAAAUUAUUGUCACCCUGUUAUUUAAAAGAUUGGACCCCAUUAAAAUAUCUGUCUAUGUUGAAGACCAGACUGUUUUGUAUGGCUGGGUAGUUGUCAUUGAUAAUUCCGAGUGCUUUAAACUGCCUACUUUUAUACAUUAUUAUGAUAAUUUGUUUAGAAUUAGUUAUGUUCUGAUGACGAUUAAAGUGUAAUGUCGGUAAACAGAUUUUUAUACUUUUAAACUUUUUUAAAUAAACAUCAUAAAAAUGUC